GCGAAACGUCAAACAAAAGUUAAACGAUUCAAAACAAACAAACGAACGCAAACGAGCGUAGUUUGUACGCAGAUUUUCCCGUUUUUCCGGUGUUUAUGCUACUUUUUAGAAAAGGUUUUCCGCGAUACAGUUCCGCGCCAAGAGUGUCAGUGUUUUCGAUCGAUACUUUAGUGCAUAAUUAAAAGGUCGGUCGCUGUUCUCGCCGAUAAAGGCAGUGUGUGAAAACGGUGAAAACAGUCGGCAACGACGAUGAGUGCCAAAAAGGAACCGGAGACGAUUGGCUUCUGGCUGCCGUUCCAGGGCAGCAGCGCCCCCAAGAUGGACAUUCUAACGCCGCACAAGUUGGCCGUGGUGUUCCUGAUCCAGGAGUAUCUUUCGCUGAAGAAAACUGCCGAAGAGACGCCGCAGCUGGAAUUUACGGCGCGUGAUCGGCGGAAGUUUUGCUUGCUGCUGCUGAAGCUGAUUCAGUAUCCGGACAUGGCGUAUAAGGAUUUGUAUGGGUUGCUUACCUCGCCGGUGUAUGGCAUCCAUCGGGCCCAUUUGGAGGAGUUCGAGAAGCUGAUGAAGAUGUUGAAGACCGUAGGAAUCGAGAUUUUGUUCGAUCUGUACACCGUGCUGGAGAAGCUAGUGUCCGACAACGCCAGUAGCUAUCAAGUUGGAAUCGUAGGGCUGUACUUGCGUCGCGUGUUUGUCACACUGGACAAAAUGAACUUUCCGGAGUUUAUGGCGCUGUAUCGGAAUUCGAUUGGCUACUACGAGAAAGGCGUUCGGGCCGUGCAGAUAUCGAGUAGUGCUUUCUCGAACAGCGAGAGCUUCAUGAAACUGGACGCCCAGGCAGUUUACAAACCUGGGAAUUCUAGCUCCAAGUGGUCCACGAAGCAAGCGGAGCUUUUCGUCGCUCAGCAGAGCACCCUGCUGCAGAAUAACGAGAUGGACGCGUUGAAGCCGAAGGAAAUGCAAACCAGAUUGAAUGAGAUUAUUCACGAUCACCCACUGUAUUCGCAGGCAUAUUUCUUGAGUUAUUUGAACAGCGUGCGAGUGAGAGAUUUUUUCAAUGCCGUGGAUGCACUCCAUCGGUCCUUUGAUAGGAAUACACUGAAUUCAAUGGCGUUGGCGCAGGACAGCAAGGAGUACCAGUACUCAUCUUUGAAUCUGGCCAUCUUACACGCCCAGUUCAACCACAGUGAAGAAGCUCUUGCAAGUCUGAGAGAAUGUAUCAUGCUGGCCCAGGAGAAUAGCGAUAAAAUCUGUCUGCAGUUGGCGCAUUCCUGGCUCUGUCUUCUAGACCCAAGCAAACCACAUUUUUCUGAGAAGAAUAUUGCCAACAAAGAACUGAUCACGUUGGUACAUUCCAUUUCACUUGGCAUUCAAUCGUUGGUGAAGUCAUCCGCUGCCACCGGAUACACUCCGGCAAAAUUGUUCGAGGUUUUACUGAAAAGUGACAUUCUUAAUUGUCAAACUUCGAUGAUAGACCUGAUCGCCAACGGAAUAUCAGAAAGAGCCGCCCUCUGGGCCAUGUAUGGUAAAAACGAAGUGUCAUCGCUCUGUUCGCAGUUGUUGCUCAACUCCGACUUGAAGUCUCUGGGCAAGACCUACAAUGGCGAAGGCAUUUGUCAGGCCCUAUGCUCACUAGUCAUCUGGUUGGCACUUCAAGGGGAAUUUCAUUUGGCACUGAUCGUCCUAAAGCACACCAGAGAACGGUUUCCUCGAUAUCCCCUCUCAAAAUCGUGGAUGACGGUUGAUCACUACAUCAGCUCGAUGCAGGCCAUCUUCCGCGGGGAAUGGUCCGAUGCCAGCAACGCGUGCUACCAACUUUACACCUUGGACAAACAUUUGUCGCUACUACAGCGGACCCGUCUUGCAUUAGCUCGUCUGAACAUCAAAUCCGCUGAUCUGCUGCUUCGCAAACUGCUCGAAGACGAUACUGUAGAGCCUCUAAAUCGUACUAGGGCUCUGUUGCUGAAUGCACACUUGCUCACUAUGUCGCCAGCCACAACCAAAAUGGAGGUAGUCAACGUUCUGAAUGAGGCCCUUGCCAUCGCCAACAAAAACUAUCUGGACUACGAAAAAGCUCUCGUGGAAAUGCACUUUGCCCACGUUUUGCUGGCGAUGAAACUACCCCAUCAGGCACUGAAAUCCGUCCGCACGUGCCUGGAGAACAUCCUAGCCAACGGUGGAAUCUACGACAGGGCAAAGGUGCUGUUUCUGUUCGUAAAGUGCAUCCUGGCUGUGGAACAAAGCCCCACAAACAAAAUGGCCAAAAUUGGUCAGUGCAUUCCCAUGCUGGAGCAGGCGGUGGAGCACUUCCAGAAGCUGGAGUGCUACGUCAAGGUGAAGGACGUGUUCAUUUUUCUGGCGACGUUCUUCCACGAGAUGCAGAUGCACGAAGAACGCAACAAGUACGCGUACAAGUAUCGGCAAAUCGAGGAGCAGUACCCAACGGCACGUGAGUAUUUAGAUAUAUUCUUUUAAUACAUUUUCGUAACAAUUACUGCACAAGAAACAUAAGUUAUUUGCUCCGAACUCGCCAUUAUUUUCUGUCUCGCUAUCUCUCUUACUUACCUUGGGGGAAACGCGAACACUCGUUACUCCAUACUUGUGGCCCAGCAGC